AUGGCACAAGCUGAUCAAGAUCUGUACCCAUUGGCUUUGCUAAUGGAUGACUUGAAGAAUGAUGAUAUUUCAAAUCGUGUAGAAGCUACGAAGAAGAUUGAUCAGAUAGCUAUAGCUUUAGGACCAGACCGAACCCGUAAUGAAUUAAUUCCAUUUUUAACUGAGGUUGCAGAAGAUGAUGAAGAUGAAGUAUUUACUGUUCUAGCUGAAAAACUUGGUUCCUUCGUUCCAUAUGUUGGUGGUGCGGAGCAUGCUUCCACCAUAUUACCCGUACUAGAUAUACUCGCCGGCGCAGAAGAAACAAUUGUUAGAGAGAAAGCUGUGGAUUCAUUGAACAUAGUAGCGGAACAAAUGCCCGAUGAUGAAUUAUUCAAGUAUUUUGUGCCUCUACUACAAAGAUUGGCUUCUGAAACAUGGUUUUCUUCAAAGGUUUCCGCCUGUGGUUUAUUCAAAUCUGUAUUCUUAAGGGUUAAGGAUGUACAGUCCAGAGUAGAUCUGUGGAAUUUGUUUAUGACGUUGGUAAAUGAUGAAACGCCAAUGGUUAGAAGAGCAGUAGGUAAGAAUCUUCCAAUUUUAAUUGAUUUACUUACUGAGAACCCAGAAUUCUGUACUGACAAAGAUUUAGAGUUUAUCUCUACCACUUUCCAAACUGUCAUUAAUGACCAGCAGGACUCUGUCAAAUUCUUGGCUGUAGACUGCCUGAUAUCCAUAGUUAAGUUUUUCAAUAAAAAGGGCUACGAUACACAUUCAAGAGAUCUAUUAAAUUCGGCACUUUCACUAGCUGGAGAUGAGGCAUGGAGAGUUCGUUAUGUAGUUGCGGACAAAUUUGGUGAGUUAACAGAAGGUUUUUCUUCAAAUCCAUCCUAUAUAGAAGAAUUACUGGAUCCAUUUUUAAAAUUAUGUGAAGAUAGUGAAGGUGACGUAAGGAAAGCAAUUGCCAAACAAGUGUCCUAUUUUUCCAAAUUUGUCAAUGACUCACAUGUUGUACUUAAUAAAAUAGUGCCUGUCCUCCAAAAUUUAAGUAUGGAUGAAAAUGAAGACGUACGUGCAUCAUUGGCAUCAGGUAUAUCUGAUAUCGUGUUGCUACUACCAAAGGAACAAGUUAUCGAAUAUGUCUUCCCUAUAUUUUUAAACAUGCUAAGAGAUGAAAUUCCUGAUGUGCGCUUAAACAUUAUUGGCAAACUCAAAGUAGUGAAUGAGGUAAUUGGUAUUGAUAUGUUAACGGACUCUUUAUUACCUGCAAUCUCUGAACUAGCAAAAGAUAGUAGCUGGCAUGUACGUCUGGCCAUUAUUGAAUAUAUUCCAAUUCUGGCUGAACAACUUGGAGUAGAUUUCUUUAAUAGUCAGCUGAGUGACCUAUGCCUUUCUUGGCUUUGGGAUGCCGUAUACUCGAUAAGAGAAGCAGCAAUAAAAAACCUACAGAAACUAACCAACAUCUUUGGCUCUGAAUGGUGUAACAACGAAGUCGUUCCCCGCUUGUUAAACCUAGACUCUCAUAUGCUCGAGAAUUUCAUUUACAGAAUUACCUUACUGCAAACAUUUAAAGCAUUAGUAUCUGUAUUAUCACCAGAGUUUGUGGCAAAUCAGAUACUACCUCAUGUCAUGGAACUAGCUAACGAUCAAGUUCCAAACAUUAGAUUUAAUGUUGCUAAUACCUAUCCAAUCAUUGUUGAAGUUUUAAGCAAAGGUGGAGAUCAAUACAAACUUUUAGUAACGGAUACCAUUUACCCAUCUUUAAAGGAUCUUUGUGAAGAUCCAGAUUUUGAUGUACGAUACUUUGCCAACAAAAGUAUGAAAAAAUGUAAAGAAAUCAUAAGCUAA